CAUUCUUAGACCUUUUCACUAGCGAGGACUUUCCGGUCGAAGAAAAGCCCUUCUUCUUCUAUUCUCCACGCGGAGACCCAUCGCCCCAUCGCCGAUUAUUCUCCAAAAAUAUCACGGAUUUUCCGUGUGAUCUCUUCGCCGAAGGAAAGGAAUUGUAUUGCUACCCUAUCAAUGAAGGAAAGUCUCCAAUUUUGUGAAAAAAGCUGAAGCAUAGGCCUUUUGAGGGAUAGAGGAGAAGGGAUUUCUGUCACCCACAGUGGAAGCCAUGGUUGAGAAGAUUUGUUUUGAACAGUGUCAAGAACCCCUAGAUGAUUAUGCCAAAAGGGCUCGGAUCUGCCCUUGCAUCAAUAUACACAAGGUUUCUAAAUUUGGUUCGGUGGAAGUUGAGAAACUCAUGAACAUUGAGCCAUAUUCUCAUGUUAUGCACAUUAGUUCCACUAUUAGUUCUUUCUGUAAAUUUUUGUUACUGGAGAGCUCCUUGACCGUUCAAGCAGUUGGGAUGCUUUGCGUGCUGCACCGCCCGUCGGAACUGUCAGUGGCGCCCCAAAGCAUUCUCUUUCUUGAGAUUGCAUCUCCUUUGUUCUUUCUCUCUCUGUCAUAUAUAAUUGUUCUUGAUUAUUAAACAUAUAUUUGGUUGUUUCCCUAUAAGCCGAUUCUUUUGGUCGAUGCAUAAAUGGAUUUAUGUGAUAUUGAUAUUUUUAGCCAAUAUUUUUGGGAUCGUUUGGCGUUUUCUUUUGAUUUCAUAGCUUUUUUCAUUAAGAUUUGUCAUAAUGAAAAAGAUCUUUAGAUUCUGGAUUUUUUUUCAUAAGCCAAUUUCUUUUCGCGAAGUAUAUAUUUUGGAUAUAUAGGUAAAUCUGUAGAUCU